GACAAAACAUGGCAUGAUGCCAGGAAAUAUUGUAUGCAGAACGGAGGAAACCUUGCCAGCGUUCACGAUCUGGACGAAAAUAACUUUUUAAUGGGAGAGACAUCAAAGUGGUACCCAAGCGAAAAACUCUACUGGAUAGGACUGAAUGAGCUAGAUUUGGAAAGCUACAAGUGGUCGGACGGGACCCCUACAAACUUUAUUUCUUGGGAUGUGGGUGAGCCUAAUGACUUUGAAGGUGGUGAAAAAUGUGUAUCAUACUAUGCACUCACAGGACAUUGGGUAGAUGAAAAUUGUGGACUAAGACACAAAUUCAUCUGCAAGAGGCACAAGGACAGCAGCACGACAGCUACCCCGACCCCCACAACCCCCAGGACGGGAACCUGUCCCCCAGGGUUUGAGGGGCCCAUUGGGAACAAGUGCUACUUUCUACAGGGGACCAUAGAAGAUUCGAAUACGCUAAAGAAUUGGUCAAAUGCGCUGUCCGCAUGCCCGAGCAACGCCACUUUGGCAAGUGUGACAAACGCCAUGGAAGCGGCCUUUCUAGCUACGCUUUUGAAGGACAAGUUCCCAGUAGAUUUCUGGAUUGGCCUGAAAAAAUACUCCUAUCAGAAAUAUAAGUGGAUCGAUAACUUUAACGUUGAGUUUGUGUACUGGGAUAAUGGGGAACCCAGAGGCUGGGAUGACUGUAUCAGUGUGUCGUCUGCUAGUCUGUCUGCGGGACGGUGGCGAGUGCGGGACUGCAACCUACGUCUGGGAUACGUCUGUCAGGCGUGGAUUGAUACGGUUUACCCAACGCCACUGCCCUCUCUGUUACCUUCACACUGCCCGCUAGGCUACAGCUCGUUUGGUGACGCCUGCUACCAGGUGACGUCACAUAUGACGUGGGAACAGGCCAAGACCACAUGCGAGAGAAGACAAGACACUUUGGUAUCGGUCACUGAUGGGUUCGAACAAGCCUUUGUUGUGUUGCUAACACAGAAAGAACGGCCGGUGCCCAUUUGGUUAGGAUUAACUAGAAAGGGGGCAAUGUAUUACUGGCUAGACGGGUGGCCCGUAGAUUACAUCAACUGGGAAAGUUCUGAGCCCACGCGCGGUGACAAGGAAAGGUGUGUUGCCCUUAUGCCAAAUGGUCGCUGGAACGAUACAGACUGUAGUGCGGAAAUAAAAGCGGUGUGCAAGAGAACCACGGCCACGCCCCCUUCAACGGUAGUCAAUCCCCCUGGCACGUGUUUUGACGACAAGCACUGGUUUGGAUUUGGUGCCUACUGCUACUUGAUUGACGGGAAAAAGUUCGGAGGAUGGGCCACAGCGAAUUUCGACUGCUACAAACAUGGUGCCUCGCUGGCCUCAGUUGAAAGCCAGGCUGAGAUGGAUUUCCUUAUGAAAAUGAUCACACAAGAACGAGCUAAUAGCCGUGACUUAUGGCUUGGGCUGUGGAGAAAGCCUGAUGGAUCUUUCGUCUGGCACGACAAAACACCGUUCAAUUACGCGAACUGGCUUGACGGAGAGCCGUCUACGGAGGCCCGUAAAGAGUGCGUACAAAUGAGUCCCGAGACAGGAAAGUGGAAAGUAUAUUAUUGCGCAUAUUCCGCUGGGUACAUAUGCAAGAUGCCAAAAGUGCCUCCUACGACCACUCCAGCUCCGGCUUGCAGGGACGGGUGGUACAUUAGAGAUUUUACAUGUUAUAAGGGCUUCUUCACGUCUGGCCAGUACAUGAAAUCAUGGACAGAGGCACGAAGUUAUUGCCGAGCUGAAGGAGGCGACCUGGCCAGUUUUCACAGCGACGAGGAGAGGAACUGGUUUAUGAGUUCUAUAGGAUAUUACUAUAAAUACUCGGUGAAUAAAAGAAACGUGUGGAUUGGAUACCAUUUAGAAGAAGACAGCACAGUAUCUCACACGUGGUCCGACGGAACUAAGAGCAACUACACCAGCUGGGAUGUGGGACAGCCAGACAACCACAACGGCCGCGAGAGGUGCGUCAGUUUCCACCCCCUCACAGGGAAAUGGCGCGACGAUGACUGCGCCACCGCCAGGGGAUGGAUAUGCAAGGCACCAUAUGACGCCACCCCACUGCCUAGUACAACCACACCGACAGGCACUGACACAGCUAUUUGCGGAGACAAGUGGAGGUCCUUUGGAGACCACUGUUACUUCUAUGGCGAUUACACAGACAGUUCCCACAGCAAAUCCUGGUUCGAUUCCCGCCAGUGGUGUCUUGAGAACGCUGGUGAUUUACUGAGUAUUCACAACCCAGGAGAGGCGAACUUCAUCACCACUUUGAUCAGCAAAAGUGGACAGAUGGCACCCCGAUGA